UGAGAGGAGAAUGUCUGGGGCGCAGAGGUGGACCGAGGAGCCUGACAGUCCUGGCCUCGGGCUCACUUUGGGACAGGCAGGAGAGGAGAUGGACCCUGUGCUGAUAUGGGCACCCAGUGGGAGGAGGCUGGUCUCCGGGCUGCUGGCUUUAAACCUGGUGCUCCUGGGGGCUGCUCUGCUGACGGCAGAGGUCUUUAACCCAGAAGGUUUGAAGCACCAGGAGCCCAGGUUGUUCAUUCUUGUACUAAUGGCUCUCAGUCUGGCAUGGAUGCUGUGGUACCUGCUUUGGGCCAGGAGACAGCCUGGGAUUUCUCCCCACAGAGAUCACCACGCUGGAGGGAUCUGUGUGACAGUGGUCCUCAUGGUGUUCUCCGCCUGCAGUCUCCUGCUCCACGUGUUCAAGAUGGGUUAUUACAUCAUUAUGGCAGAGUGCAAGCCUGCAGCUAAGGUUCUACUACCUUUCUUUGAGGCCCCUUUCCUUGGACUGCAGACAUACUUACUGUGGGGUCACUCCAGGGACUGCAUCCAUAAGCACAAGAUCCUCACCAGGUCUGGGUUAGUGCUGACUCUCACUACUGACCUCCUGCUGUGGCUGAGUGCAGUGACUGAGGACACCGUACACCUAGAGAUUGAACUGGAGAAGGAGGAGAGAGCUGUCUUCCCACAUGCAUCCCUACCAGGCAGCUUUGAUGACUCCAAUAUAGGAAUGGGCAAUGUCUCCCAGUGUCACUGUGGAGCACACGCAGGGUGCCGCAUUUUUCGAAAGGGCUACGAGGUGCUCUACCCCUUCAACAUCGAGUACUACCUGAUGGCUGCCUGCCUGUUGUACAUCAUGUGGAAGAACGUGGGCAGACACAUGGAGCCCCACUCUCACCCGGAGCAUGCCCAGAAGGUGACGCUCCGAGUGGUGUACCACGGAGGAGUACUGUUUGGGCCUUUAGUGGGGGCUGUGGUCUUGCUGGUGGGAAUUGCAAUCUUCAUCAUGUACCAGGUGUGGGUGAGCUCAGCACAUGGGCGCUUCACCGCCUUCGUGCUCUUUUAUUCCUACCACCUGGCCGUCAUCCCUGUGAUGUCCUUCUGCUCCCUUGCCGGUGUGAUCAUUCACAAGAUAGAGGCGAGAGCACAGGACAUGGGCCACAAUCCCACCCGCAGUCUGGAUGUGAUCCUCUUACUGGGGACAGCGCUGGGUCAGCUGUCCAUCUGCUACUUCUCCGUGGUGGCGGCCUGGGGUAUGGGCCCCAGUGGAAUCCUGGGAGGUCUAGACCUGUCCUACUCCUUGCUCAGCCUGUUAGAGCUGAUCCUGCAGAACAUCUUCAUCAUCGAAGGGCUCCAUCGGCACCCCGACAUCACUCAGAGACAAUCCCGGCGGAAAAUUAGGGAGUUUAACUCAUUUUUUAAGAAGGGAAUUAAACCAAAAGACACUACCAAAGAAGUUACAGACCCGCCUGUACCACUGGUGGAAAAAAGUGAAGUGAGGACAGCAACAGUAGCCCCGGUCGAGAAAGAGCCUCACAGCAGGAAUCACUGGAGCAGGAGAGUGCUGCAGGAGAUCUGUGCAUUCCUCAUACUGGCCAAUAUCAUGCUGUGGGUGAUUCCUGCCUUCGGAGCACACCCCCAGUUUGAGAACGGCCUGGGGAAGCAGUUCUUCGGGUUCUCGGCCUGGUUCGUGAUUGUGAACCUGGGGCAGCCUCUUGGGGUCUUCUACAGGAUGCACUCUGUGGGGGCUCUGCUGGAGGUCCUUGUCACUGCCUAGGCCACAAGGUGGACUGAGCAAGUCUCUCUUCAAGAUGGCUGCCCAGGGGAUUUGCAGAGUUAAGGACUAUCUAUCUGAACACUAGUCGGUUUCCACUAGGUUGUUUUUUCAGCUGAAAGUAACCCCUUCAGGUACACUAUUUCACUUCAUUUGAUUUUAUCUGUAGCAGCCAGGGCAGAAUUACCCAUUCAAGUGUCAAAGCUAUCAAUAAACAU